GAGGAGGGAGAGCGAGAGAGAAGGGAGGGUUCGAGGGGGCUGGCUUUGGCAGGAACCACACGAGGUCCAGGUCCUAUAAUAGGAGGCCAGUGCAUUAGCCAUCACACACACACAGGAGGACCUACCUACUUGCUGUCACCCAGUCAUAAUACAGGAGGUUAGCUGAGCAGCACUGAACCAUGGGAAAACAGAAGAUAUUAAUGGACAAGCUGUCACAGACCUUCCAGAUCCGUAACUUGCUGCUGCGCCAGGCCCUGGCAGAGUGUCUGGGUACCCUCAUUCUGGUGAUGUUUGGUUGCGGUGCAGUGGCUCAGCUGGUGCUUAGUGGAGGAUCUCAUGGCAUGUUCCUAACCGUCAACUUUGCUUUUGGCUUCGCUGCCACCCUAGGGAUCCUGGUCUGUGGCCAGGUAUCAGGAGGCCAUCUCAAUCCGGCGGUGACCUUUGCCCUCUGCCUGCUUGGGAGAGAUCGAUGGAGAAAGUUCCCAGUCUACUUUUUCUUCCAGACACUGGGAGCUUUCCUGGGCUCCGGGAUCAUCUUUGGUCUGUACUAUGACGCUCUGUUGGACUAUGCUGGAGAACUCAUUGUUACCGGGCCCAACGCCACCGCUGGCAUCUUCGCCACCUACCCUAGCAAACAUCUCACAUUGGUCAACGGCUUCUUCGACCAGACGAUUGGCACUGCAGCAUUGAUCGUGUGUAUCCUGGCCAUCGUGGACCCCCAUAACAACCCCAUCCCCCAGGGCCUGGAGGCCUUCACGGUGGGCUUUGUGGUGCUGGUCAUCGGCCUGUCCAUGGGCUUCAACUCUGGCUACGCUGUCAACCCUGCCAGGGACCUGGGGCCACGCAUCUUUACCGCUCUGGCAGGCUGGGGCACCGAGGUCUUCACUGCCAAUGAGUGCUGGUUCCUGGUGCCAAUCUUCACGCCGUUCCUGGGCGCCAUCAUUGGUGUGGUGGUCUAUCAGCUGAUGGUUGGCUUCCAUCAGGAGGGAGAGGUUCGCGACAGGAAGAGUCGGGAGGAGAGAGUCAAACUGACCAACAUCAACCCAAAGGACGCCCUAAAGGAAGAGAUGGUAUGAGCCUCAUAACCUACCACUCUCCAGCAUCCUCCACCCUCCAUCACCACCACUACCAGCAUCCUAUAACCCUAUACUCAGCCUCAGUGGGGGUACAGUAUGGUCUCCUUGAGGGCCGGUGGGUCCCUUCUCAUUCUUGACUGACAGCUGUGUGUCUGUUAGUCUGUAAGGAGACAACUACAGUACGCACACACAUUAAGGACCUCAAUCUUUCUCUAUAGCGUCGCUACAGUAUAUCUGUCUCUAGGCGUCCUUUGUCUUAUAUUGUAGCUAUACAGUGAGGGGAGAAAGUGAAGACUCAAACACAGAACUAUAUUAAUUCAAAAUGUUUGGAAACAAUGGAAGUUUAUAUCCUAGUGUCUUUAGCUCUUCUGUUUGGACAGUAUUUUAUGUUUUAUACUAACAUAGUUUUAAUGAUUGUAUUUAUAUGCUGUAGACAGAUAGUACAUGUGUCCCGAUCAAAUGAAAUGUGUACGUUUUAGUGAGUCCUUCAAUUUCAAUGUCAACCAGAGGCGUCAUGCCCUAAGAUUUUUUUUUGUAUGUAUUAAAAAAACAAACAUUUUUGAA